UGGGACGGGAGGAAUGGAAUGACAGGCAGCCGUUAGCGAUACCAACUAUUGGUCGUUGAGGGGUAUCAGUACGUUCUAUAUAGUAUUUUUUUUACAUAUCAAAAGAGCAACGGAAUAUCUGUACGAUAAUGUUUGGAUUAUUAUAAUUAACAUGAAUUUAAGGAUAUUUUCACUGAAGAACAUUUGCUAUUAAAACAAAAACGAAAUGAUGUCAAAUCUAAACGAACCCCCGCCAUCCGUGAUUUGAAGCCGUCUUUCCAGCAAUUGCACAUGUAAUCCUAGGCUACUUGUUACUGAUCCAAAGGCAUAUAAAUGUGGCGCUCUACGAAGCAGCUCUGCCCCCGUCUAUAUUUCAAACUUUAGCCUGCAUUUGCUGACGAUACAUUGGAUAUACUAAAGCGUUUGGAUACAACUUCAUCGGAUAAUAAUUUUUGUUUUAAAGGAGUUAGGAUUAGUUUUUCUCGUGAAAGUGUGUGGGACUGCCCUGUGUCCUGGUGCCUCCCAUGUCCUGGUCUGCUGAGGCUGAGGCUGUGGCUGCUGCUGGGUCUGGUGUCUGCUCGCUGGGCUUGGGCUAGAGCUGAACCAGGGCUUCUACUGGUGCUGGUGAGUGUCCCAUCCCAGGGGCCUGGAGGAGCCUAGUCCGUCUGGGCCAAGGGGCCUCUCCGGACCACCUCCCAGACACACGAAGAUGAACAAACUGACCAGCUUCCACAACAACAAAGCUAUGCAGGACCGCCGCUGUGUCUGCGUCUUCCUCCCCAACGACGACACUCUCAACGUAAUUGUCAAUGUGAAGACAUUGUGUCAGGAGCUGCUGGUCCAGGUGUGUGACCUGCUCCGACUGAAGGACUGUCACCUGUUUGGACUCAGCGUCAUUCAGAACAAUGAACACAUCUACAUGGAGUUGGGUCAGAAGCUGUCUAAGUACUGUCCCAAGGAGUGGAAGAGAGAGGCCAGCAAGGGCAUCGAUCAAUUUGGGCCUCCCAUGAUCAUCCACUUCAGGGCUCAAUAUUACGUUGAGAAUGGGAGAUUAAUAAGUGACCGCUCAGCCCGGUACUACUACUACUGGCACCUGAGGAAACAGGUGUUGCUAUCGCAGUGUAUGCAGAGAGAAGAGGCCUACUUCCUGUUGGCAGCCUUCGCCCUCCAGGCCGACUUGGGCAACUUCAAACGUAACAAGCACUUUGGAAAGUACUUUGAACCUGAGGCCUACUUUCCUCCAUGGGUGAGGGCCAAGCGAGGCCGGGAUUACAUCCUGAGACACAUCCCCAACAUGCACAAAGACCUGUUUUCCCUCACCGCCUCAGAGGCUCAUCUCAAAUACAUCAAGGAGUGUGCCCAGCUGGAUGAUGUUACAGUCCACUACUACCGACUCUAUAAGGACAAAAAGGAUGUGGAUGGUUCCAUGACUUUAGGACUGACCUUGCGUGGGAUCCAAAUAUUUCAGAACGUGGGGACAGUGAAAGAGCUCCUAUAUGAUUUCCCCUGGACCAAUGUGGGCAAACUGGUAUUUGUGGGUAAGAAGUUUGAGAUCCUGCCGGAUGGUCUCCCGUCGGCCCGUAAACUGAUCUACUACACCGGUUGUCCCCUGCGGUCCCGCCACCUCCUACAGUUACUCAGCAACAGCCAUCGCCUCUACAUGAACCUGCAGCCUGUUCUCAAACAAGUCCGAAGGCUGGAGGAGAACGAAGACAAGAAGCAGUACCGUGAGUCGUACAUCAGCGAUGCGUUGGAGCUGGAUAUGGACGGGCUAGACAAGCGUUCCCGGGCCAGCGGCAGCAGUGCCGGCAGCACCGUGUCUCACCUCAAACGCCUUUCUCGCCACUCCACCGCCAGCCACAGCAGCUCACGAACCUCUGGGGUGGAGACAGACAGUUUCCUGGCCCCUGGAGGGGCCCUACACAGGGCCCUGAGAACCUGCAGCUCUUCAACUACUAGCCAUGGGAGCUCACACACCUCUGGGGUCGAGAGCGGGGGCAAGGAGCGGAUGCUGGACGAUGAUGAGAUUGAGAUGUUAGUGGAUGACCCAAAAGACUAUGAGGAGCUCCAUGAGCUGACCCUGGACCUGAACCAGGACCUGUGCAUCCACAUCACUGAGGACAUGCUGACCAUGUCCCCUGACCAGACCAACGGAUACUCUGGACUCAUAGUGAAGGACGUCAGCUCAUCCACCUCCAGUUCCUCUGAGACCGUUGUGAAGAUGAGAGGCCAGAGCAUUGAGUCUCUUCCUCAGACGACGGUGUGCAGGAAGCCUCAGACAUCGACGGACCGCCACAGCCAAUCCCUGGACGAUGUGCGUCUCUACCAGAAGGGCUGCCUCCAAUGGGCGGAGCUAUGCCAGGACACCGCCCACAGCUACACCUUCGGCUGUGCCCAGGAGCUGAGCGACAGCAGUGGUUACCAGGGCAACCUUGCCGAGCAGUGCGCCGGGAUCCGCGGUGAUCAGCUUGACGGCUUCCCCAUCAAGAGGACCAGCAAGUACUUCUCUCUGGAGCUGACCAGCGACGAGGUCCCAGAGUUUGUGGUGUGAUGGAUGGAUGGGUGGGGGAGGCAAAAAAGGGUGGCCUCAUGACCCCUACCUCCACCGCUCAGACCUGUAGGUUCCUCAGGAAACAGAAUGGGGCGAGAGAAGAGCAUUUGAGGUUUGGAGAGGUGAUGCUUGGUUUAUCUGUCUGUUGCCAUAACCUGUCAGCCAUAACAGCCAUCUGUACCGUACUGGGAAGAGUCAGAUGGAGGUUACAAGCCCUAUAUCCACCAGAAUGACAUCACCAGUCAACGUAACCAUGGUAACACCUGAGACGACCUACACCGGAGAGACAGAUAACUGAUAACGAAAGCCCUUUCAGAGGAAUCUUUUGCCAAAACGGGGGUAUAAUAACAAAUAUUUAAAAAAUAAAAGGAUAAAUCUUUUCUGGGUUUCAAGAAAAGCUGACAGCAUCUUUUAAUCGGACUGAUAAUAGUCCACAGUGACACUCUGGUUGGGAGAGUAAAGGGAAAAGUUAAGGAACGUCAAGGAAUAUCUCACCCUGUUAUUUAUACAACCUCUGACCUUCUGUGUUUCCAAAGCAUGUACUUUAUCCAGAAUGUUUUUUUGGAUCUGAACCUUGGGUGUGCUAAGCAAAACAAUGCUUUCACAGAAAACUAAAAUCAACGUCUUGUGUUUGCCUACUAUGACUUUACUAACGCAGUACACACAUACCGUAAAACACACACAGCCAAUAUCAAAAUGUUCUGCCAUGAAGAGUAGAUCCCACUCCUUCCCCUACAAAAAAAUACAUAGUAGAGCUAUUUGUGCUAUGAACCAAAGACAAGUUGCAUUAAACUAAAGAAAAAACAUCAUGUCCACUUAUUAUUAUUGUAGUGUGUAACCAAUCAAUGAAAUGAUACAGCUUUGUGAGUCCAUGACAGGAUAUUAUGACGUCACAAUGAGCAGGAUCUGGAUUGAUCCAGAAUAUAGAGGUUGAUCCAGAAGAAGAAACACUGAUGUCCUGCAUCUCCCUUCCCUCGGUCUCCAGUAUGUAGAAUGUAUGACAUGAUAUGACAUCAUGUCGGAGCCCAGAACCAAAUCCAGCAUGCGCUAGUCUGAGAUUAGACAUGACACGCCAUUUCUCCUCUCUUUGCCAGGAAGUGCAAUGUGCCAACAGUUCCUCUGUAGAGCUGUCUGCUAGUGUGGGGAGUAGACUGAAAUUAGGAACACACCCCACAUGCCUUCAUUACACCUAUGCAAGUCCUGAACCACAACCGUGCCUUGACAAUCAAUCCCAGCUUCUCGCUUAGCAACACUUGCCCACACGAAUCACGGAGAUCAGUUUUUAUGUCAUAAGGCUCCCCUCUACCUUUGUUGGUCAGCAGUAUAUUUGGUAUUUAAUCAUUGACAUCAGACUUUAAAAAUCAUUAUUCAAACAGUCUGUUUAUUAACCAGUAAUCAUUGAAGGGGAUUACCUCUAUCAUGAUGUCAUCUACCAUCCCUAUCCUACCAUCCUUAUAACAGACAUAUUUGAAUCUAUGACAGUUAGUUUCCUGUCAUGCGACGUGGAGAACGGGCAACGUCAUUGGCUGUUUCAGGUCUGCUCUGUUGCUUGGGGCAGGAUGAGUUUCUACAUGCCCUCACCUGUCUGUGUGUGCAGAGCUGAGAAAAUCCUAGACGUAAUCCACACACAGACAAAAUGGAGUUUGGUAGUGUUUAGGCCAGCUCUCAAACUGGGAUUUAGACUUUUCUUUCUGUAUGCUGAAACAUUAUGAUAUUAUUCACUCAGCUGUCUUUGUUAGUUUUGGGGGUUGUCAUGUUUGUUCUGUCUCAAUUUAUUAUUUCAAACUGGAACUUGUUACAACAUUUUUGUUACUUUUUAUUUGAUCAUUUUAGCUAAUUGGAAGUUUUAAGUAAUAUUUUUGGAAUGGAGCAUUUUUAGAACAAUGAGAUGCGUUGUAUUUUUUGAAAAGUUAUUCUUUGUGUGCGGUUGAUGUCAGUCAGUAUUAUAAGCAGUGCACAUUUAUUUAUGUGACAGUAUUACAAACCUGUGAAAUCACAUUCACUUUAAAAAAAAUAUUGUGCCCUUUUUUUUACCCAGUGAUAGUCUCAUUUCAUCUUACAGUAGCUGAAGAAAUGAUGCCUAAUGAUUUUUACAUUGCUCAGUUAUUUGGCCAAGAGCUAAACAAUUUUCACAAGGUUUGAAACACACAACUACACAAGUCAUGUUCAUAUAAAGAUGGCUGUAUUAUACCUUACUAUGUGUGGAUCCAGACAAGGCUGUCUGGCCUCUUGUUCUUUCCCUCUUGUUCUUUCCCAAUGAUCUAUUCUAACUAACUAGUUCUAACUAAUACAUCUCCAAACCAUACCUUCUCAAUAGAAAUGGAAAGUAGAGUUUGUCUUCCAAAUGUCUUUCACACAGUACUUUUGCAUUUCUUCCCCACUCAGUAAAACCUUAUUGAAAAGGCCGUGUCAGUUUCAUUAACCUCUUCAUUACAUGUAUGGUAAUAGUACAUUAUGCAUGUACAUUUGUAAUCCUACCCUCAUUUGUGUUACCUAAUAUCUCUGGAGAAAUAAACAAAAUGCGACUUCAUGAUGUAUUUGGAAUUAUAGACCACUAUGUCCCUCAGUUAAGUAAUUGUUUUGGAUCAACAUUCUAGCUGAGCUUUUCCAAUGCUGCUCCAGGGAGCUAUGAAUGCUCUAGAACCUUUUUUUUUAGAAUGUUCUAGAAACAGUACUGCUGUGGUACAGUGGAGAGACCUGACAGUUCCACUUCUCUUCUCAGCUGGACACGUCGGCCUAGAACCACAGAGCAAGGUGUCUUGAUCUAGAACCACAGAUCAGGCCAAGGCAGCAAGACGUGAUUGUUGGAAAGAAAUGUGUAAUAAUGAAUACACUUAUAAAAUUGAUAUUGUUGUGUGAUUUCAAAGUAACAGUGCAUACUGUAACAUUUUACUUCUAACGACAUGUUCCUAGCUUCUCUUUUUUACUCUUAUAAUUUAUACUUAUUAAUAUUGGGUAUCUGAGCAAACAAAGACUUGUUCACAAGUUGGACUAUUUUUCUGGUAGAUCAUUGAUGUUCUAUGCUAUAUAAAGCCAGUGUGUGUCCAGGUGCACCGCCAUAAAACCAGAAGAACAACCUGAAAAACCUUAGCAUUUUGUUAAACUCUCUCCUUUGGUGGCUUAGCUUCUACACGCACCCUUACUGUAUGUCUGCAACUAAGUAUCCAUAGUCCUUUCUGUGAAAGGAUCGCCCUUCAGGAGAAAAAUGAAUGAUUUAGUUGUUUUGUCAAACCCUGUUGUAGUGGAACAAUAUUCAAUAAAAAAAAAGUACAUUUA